ACCUGUGCUUAGUUUCUAUCUGUAUUGGUGUAUGCUGUCGACAGAAUGGAUCAUACUGUGCCAUAACCAGCCUCGAGCACUUCCAGUUCCUUGGGAUCACCUGAAGGUGUGUUUGCAGCUUUCAAAGGUGGGAUCCACAGAGCGAUGACUAUCCAAUGCAGACAACAAGCCAAAGGGAGCAACCAACCAACCAAAGUGUUUGGUCUGGAUUGGAAAAUUCAAAAACAGAAGGAAUGGAGAUGGAACUAUACUUCAAAAUUGCACGCUAAGAUCCAAGGACAUGGAGCAUUUGGUAACUACUCAGGGUAGGAAUAUACAGUAGUCCCUCGCUAUUUCGCGGUUCAUCUUUUGCGGAUUCACGACUUCGCAGGUUUAUACCAGCAAAAUAUACCGUAUUCCGGAUUUGGAUCUGCAAGAGAUGUGGUUCGAUCGGUCCAAUUUUCAACAAAAUCGACGACGUCGUGACUGCCUACAAGCUACUCUUCGACUGGAAAAAGAAGCAGCAGAAGCAACUGCCGAUCACGAUGUUUUUGCAGCCUCGCAAAAAAGAGUCAGUUCCUGCUACUACUACGGAUACACUUUCAGAAACCGUGGAAGAGGUGCCCCAAGAAAUGGCCACCACCCUCUGGAGCGAUCAGCGAAUUUCAUUCACUCGUCAUCAUUUUACUGCGCAUAAAUAUGGUGUCACUACUUCGCGGAAAUUCAGUUCUCACGGCAGGCCUUGGAACCUAUCUACCACGAUAAACGAGGGACCACUGUACAUCAAUGUGCUUAAUUUGAGAUUGAGCAACCAACUAACCAACAAAACAACCGACCUACAAACCAAUCGAGUCAGCAAUGCGCAAAAUGUUGCCAAGUCUGCGGGAAGACAGCGAGCAACCAACAAGAAAGACUACUAACUGCAAAAAAAUGGAAGUGAAAUCAAUCUACCUAUACUUGGUCUACGGAAAGAAACAACCGACCAAUCAUCCAUGGUCUUGCAUGAAGAGGAAAAACAGCACUGCACCCCAGGAUGAUAAUUUAAAGGAAUGCUAUACUCAGGGGAGAUACAGCACAACCGACUCUGAAGAAGAAAACAUAGGCUAUUAGGAGCAAAAAAAAAAGUUUGCAUCAAAAGCAGCAUAAAGUUACUGAAGCAGAAGUCAGGAAGAGCCCCAUCUGGUGACAUCUGGUGCCUCUGACAGUGGUAAACUGGAGAAAUGGACGACGUUAACGACAUUCUGAACUUGCCGCGUUCAUUCUCUGAUCGUCAACUUGGUUCAGGUACAUUUGGACAGUUUGAGACGAACCAUUGACCAUGAGUCAAGGACAAUUUAUCAAUCAACCUGGUGAUCUUUCGUGACAAGAAAUAGUUAACGUCUGUUUUCAUUAGCUAACUCGAAGGAGAUUUUCCGGUAAUAUCUAAAAUCAAAGAUUCACGUUAGCGUAUUUUUUGUGUAUAACAUCAGGGGAUUUUCAUACACCAGAUCAUUUCAGCGUGACCAUUUCUACCGACAUGAUAAUUGGUCUGACUAUUGCUAAAAGCCGAAGUGCAUCUAGACCAUCAAAGAUGGACUAAGUGUAUUUUUUGUGUAUUUUAGACGUGGUUUAAAAUAUUCCAAAUGGAGCUGUGAUGUUCUGAAUACAUGCAUGAAGUCUGAUUGAGCUAAAACACACAAAAAAACACACAACGGAUUCAAUUUGCAUAGUUUAAAAAAGUUCAAAAGCAGAACUUAGCAGUGUUUCAACUAUAGCGCUAGCUGAGAUUUUCUGACCCGGAUGUACGGAAUAGAAAGCAAAAUGUAUUUACUCAACUGAAUGUCAUGUAGAAGUAAACUUCAACAGGUAAACAGUGAAGCUGAGGAAAACCGAUAGAAACGGAAAAAAAUUGAGGAAGAUGAAGCCUUAAUUUAGGGUUAGCUGAACAACGUUCAAAGAUGAUAUGACGUGAGUUGUCGGUCUGUCAUUUUGCCUUGUCUGUCGUGUGGGCUGUUCAUUUUGGGACCGAAACAUUAUUUUGAGUUUUUGCAUAUUGAAAUACUGCAAAAGGGAAGAAACGUCUCAGUGUUUGGGGUUUUGAGUCUUUAGCGUAUGCAUGUGUGUGUGCGCAUGUGUGUAUAUAUAUGACUGCAUGAUUAAAUGAUAACAUCUUUAUUUGAAAUGGCUCUCUAUUUGUUGCACUUGUAACCACCCUCCCCCAACUCAUACUCUCAAAACCGCACUCUAAAAGCUCUAAAAUAUUAAAAACUGGGUAUCACUUUUUGACCUCAUGAUGUGUCCAUGCCUUGGUCCCUGUCCUAUAAUCUUGGGUCACCCAGCUAUUGGGGUGCCCAUUUUUGACCACGGCCCUGUAUUUCCAUUGGACGCCUGUGCUCCUCCUUGGCACCGAGCUGUCGGCUUCGCUCGUUUCUCGCUCGUUUCUCAUCGGUAUUCAAAGGUUUUCUUCGUCCGGCGUGCGCGCUCCCAGCCCAGCAGCAACAGCAGCAUCAGCAGCGACAGCGGAGGUGUCACGCGCACACGGAGAAAGAGAGAGAGAGAGAGAGAAAGAGGGAGAGAGCCGCUAUCCAUCCAUUCAUCCGCAGAGCUGGAGAAGAGCGGAGCUGCUGGACACACGCCAUGAGCUCGCCUCCAUCCCGUGUCCCGUAGGUGAUGUUUCAGUGCAGGUUUUCAGGUUGUGGCGUGGAGUGAGGAGCAUUUGCACAUCACCGCCAACCACCUCCACCACCACCACCUCCACCAUCAUGAAGCCGAAGCCGCUGCUGCUGUUUGCGUUGACGCUCCUGUGGUGGCGCCAAGCGUCGUGCGGAGCUCCGAGCGUCCAGAUCGGUGGACUAUUUCCUCGGGGAGCUGACCAGGAGUACAGUGCAUUCAGAGUUGGGAUGGUGCAGUUUGGAAUGGCAGAUUUCCGACUCACCCCGCACAUAGAUAACCUAGAGGUGGCCAACAGCUUUGCCGUCACCAACUGCUUCUGUUCUCAGUUCUCUCGUGGCGUCUACGCCAUUUUUGGCUUCUACGACAAGAAGUCCGUCAACACCAUCACGUCCUUCUGCGAGACCCUCCAUGUCUCCUUCAUUACGCCGUCUUUUCCCGCAGAGGGAAUGAACCAGUUUGUUCUCCAGAUGCGACCGGACAUCAAGGGGCCACUGGUUUCACUGGUGGAGUACUACAAGUGGGAAAAGUUUGCCUAUCUGUAUGACAGCGAUAGAGGUCUCUCCACUCUGCAGGUAAUACUGGACACAGCUGCAGAGAAAAAGUGGGUCGUCACCGCCAUCAAUGUAGGGAACCUGAAAGACGAAAGAAAAGAUGAAGCCUACCGCUCCCUUUUUCAGGACCUGGAGAUUCGCAAAGAGCGACGCAUCAUCCUGGACUGUGAACAGGACAAAGUCAAAGACAUCAUGGAGCAGGUUGGCUCCAUCUGUUCUCAGUUCUCUCGUGGCGUCUACGCCAUUUUUGGCUUCUACGACAAGAAGUCCGUCAACACCAUCACGUCCUUCUGCGAGACCCUCCAUGUCUCCUUCAUUACGCCGUCUUUUCCCGCAGAGGGAAUGAACCAGUUUGUUCUCCAGAUGCGACCGGACAUCAAGGGGCCACUGGUUUCACUGGUGGAGUACUACAAGUGGGAAAAGUUUGCCUAUCUGUAUGACAGCGAUAGAGCUGAACCAGCUUUAUAA